AUGGACGAGCUUUUCGACGUCUUCGAAGGGCAGCCUGGCCCUGCCCAGGAUCAGCCGCCCAAACAGCCCAAGAAGAACAAAAAGAGGCAAGCCAACGGCGAUGUCAAGUCCUCGAAUGGCGAAUCCGCGUCGCCUGCCAACGAUGCCACCAUGAGCGACGCCCCGCCCGCGCCCCAGGAGGACGCUGCUGCUGCCAACGGUGCUGAUGCGCAAGCCAUUGCGAAGCGCCUUCGCCGCGACGAGCCCGAUCCUGUUGUUACCGAUAGCUUCGAGACGGAGCAGUCACGCGAGGUCGCCGCCGCCGCUGGUCUGCAGGCGCAGAAGGAUGGUGCCGCCGUCGUGCUGUCUCACCAGGUCAGACAUCAGGUCGCGCUGCCUCCGGAUUACGAUUACAUUCCCAUCUCCGAGCACCAGCCGCCAGAGCACCCUGCGCGCGAGUAUCCCUUCAAGCUGGACCCUUUCCAGCAGGUUUCGGUCCACUCCAUCCAGCGCAACGAGAGUGUUCUCGUGUCCGCUCAUACAUCUGCUGGUAAAACCGUCGUCGCCGAGUAUGCCAUUGCGCAUUGUCUCAAGAACAACCAGAGGGUUAUCUACACUAGUCCGAUCAAGGCCCUCAGCAACCAGAAGUACCGAGAGUUCAUGGCCGACUUUGGUGACGUCGGCCUCAUGACCGGAGAUGUUACCAUCAAUCCUACCGCAACUUGUCUAGUUAUGACUACUGAGAUUCUGCGCUCCAUGUUGUACAGAGGCUCCGAGAUUAUGCGCGAAGUCGCCUGGGUUGUCUUCGACGAGGUUCACUAUAUGCGCGAUAAGUCUCGUGGCGUUGUCUGGGAAGAAACCAUCAUUCUCCUGCCCGACAAAGUCCGUUACGUCUUCCUUUCCGCCACAAUUCCCAACGCUAUGCAAUUCGCCGAAUGGAUCACCAAGACCCAUAAUCAGCCUUGUCACGUUGUAUACACCGACUUCCGACCCACUCCUCUCCAGCACUACUUCUUCCCCGCUGGCGCCGAUGGCAUACACUUGAUCGUGGAUGAGAAGGGUGUCUUCAGGGAGGAGAACUUCCAGAAGGCAAUGCAGACCAUCUCAGACAAGGCAGGAGACGACCCGGCCGAUGCCAUGGCAAAGCGCAAGGGCAAAGGCAAGGAUAAGAAGCUCAACAAGGGCGGUCAAAAGGGUCCCUCGGAUAUCUACAAGAUUGUCAAGAUGAUCAUGAUGAAGAACUACAAUCCGGUCAUCGUAUUCAGCUUCAGCAAGAGGGAGUGCGAGAACCUUGCCCUGCAGAUGAGCACGCUUUCCUUCAACGAGGAAUCCGAGAAGCAGCUCGUUACCAAGGUGUUCAACAGCGCCAUUGAGUCGCUCAGCGAGCAGGACAGGGAGCUGCCGCAGAUCCAGCAUCUGCUGCCGCUUCUGAAGCGCGGCAUUGGCGUACACCACUCCGGUCUCCUGCCUAUCCUCAAGGAGACGAUCGAGAUUCUCUUCCAGGAGGGUCUGAUCAAGGUCCUCUUCGCCACCGAGACUUUCUCCAUCGGUUUGAACAUGCCUGCGAAGACUGUUGUUUUCACGAGCGUCCGCAAGUUCGAUGGUGUGUCUCAACGAUGGGUGACACCAUCCGAGUUCAUUCAGAUGUCUGGUCGUGCCGGAAGACGUGGUCUUGAUGACCGUGGUAUCGUCAUCAUGAUGAUCGACGAGAAGAUGGAGCCCACUGUUGCAAAGGAGAUCGUGCGCGGUGAGCAAGACAAGCUCAACUCCGCCUUCUACCUGAGCUACAACAUGAUUCUGAACCUGAUGCGUGUCGAGGGUAUUUCUCCGGAGUUCAUGCUCGAACGUUGUUUCUUCCAAUUCCAGAACACUGCAAGCGUUUCUGGCCUUGAGAAGCAUUUGAAUGAGCUGGAGCAGAUGAAGACGCUCAUAACCAUCCCCGACGAGAGCAGCAUUCGCGAUUACUACGACUUGAGGCAACAGCUCAACCAGUACACCAAGGACAUGAGGGAUGUCAUCACCCACCCGAACUACUGCCUGCAGUACAUGCAGUCGGGUCGCCUGGUGCGCAUCAAACACAAGGAUUUCGAUUUCGGUUGGGGUGCUGUGGUGAACUUUACGCACCGCAAGCCUGCCAAGGGUCAGAAGGCUUCCGACAUAUCACCUCAACAGUCGUACGUCGUCGACGUGCUGAUCCAGGUUGCAAGCGACGUGACCUUUGCCCCGCAAUCUAACCAGGAAUUGCCCCAGGGUGUGCGCCCGCCUGGACCUGGCGAGAAGGGCAAGAUGGAAGUCGUUCCGGUGUUGCUCUCCUGCAUCGAUUCCAUUGGCCAUCUCCGCAUCUUCCUUCCGCCGGAUCUCAAGUCCGCUGACCAGAGAAACUCGGUUCGCAAAGCUCUUGAGGAGGUCAAGAAGAGGUUCCCUGACGGCAUUGCCAUUCUUGACCCCAUUGAGAACAUGGGAAUCACGGACGACAGCUUCAAGAAGCUUCUACGCAAGAUUGAGGUUCUGGAGUCUCGUUUAUUGUCCAACCCGCUGCACAACUCGCCCAGGUUACCUGACCUGUACGACCAGUAUGCCGGCAAGGUCGAGCUUGGCAACAAGAUCAAGGAGGUCAAGAAGCAGAUCAACAACGCCCUCUCGAUUAUGCAGUUGGACGAGCUCAAAUGCCGUAAGCGUGUGCUCAGGCGUCUGGGUUUCAUCAACGAAGCGGACGUUGUCCAGCUCAAGGCCAGAGUGGCGUGUGAGAUCAGCACUGGUGACGAGCUUGUGCUGAGCGAACUCCUUUUCAACGGCUUCUUCAACGAGCUCACACCUGAGCAGUGCGCUGCUGCUCUGAGCUGCUUCAUUUUCGAGGAGAAGAGCAACGAGACGCCGACUCUGAGAGAGGAGCUCGCAAAACCUUUCCGUGACAUCCAGGCUCAGGCACGCAUCAUUGCGAAGGUGUCGCAGGAAAGUAAGCUGGCUGUCAACGAGGAUGAAUACGUUGAUGGCUUCAAGUACCAGCUGAUGGAGGUCGUGUUUGCAUGGUCCAAGGGUGCAACCUUUGCAGAAAUCUGCAAAAUGACGGACGUGUACGAAGGCAGCUUGAUCCGGCUCUUCCGUCGUCUUGAGGAGCUUCUGCGGCAGAUUGCACAGGGUGCCAAGGUCAUGGGCAACAACGAGCUUGAGCAGAAGUUUGAGAAGGCGCUCGAGGCGAUCAGGAGGGAUCUGGUGGCUGCACAGUCCUUGUACCUGUAA